GAAUAAAAUAAGAAAUUGUGGAAACUUCGACAUGGACCACGUCAAUAGUUUACUGUCUAAAAGCAUUCCAUUAUCAAAAAACGCUCAGAGUUUCAAGCUGUUAUUUGAAAACUCGCAAAAGACCCCUAUGUUUCCCCAGGGUGGUGCAGCAGCCGGCCCGCCAAAAUUCGCGGAUUUCUUGAACAACCCUGCCAUGUUGGGGCUGGCCAGUGCAACUUUACUCGCAGGAAAAAAUCCGGGAAAAUCAAGAUCAACAGAUUUGCUUUCUCUUCCUGAGCAGUGUACAAAAUUACAUAAUGGACCAAUUACGGAGAAAUCUAGUGAUCAUUCCAAGAUGGAAAUAUAUAUGAUAGAAGAUUUAAAGAAGUAUAUCGAUCAUAAAUUUGUUCUCCUAGAAAAGCAGAUAUUUGAAAAACUUGAAGACUCGGAACGAAAAACAAAUGCCAAGCUAAAUUUAAUUUUGUCAAAAUUUGAGACAAACUCUUGAUAUUUCAGAAGACAAUGGAGGUAAACCUGGAGUACAUAUUCUGGGGUGUACUGGGCUUCAUGUGGUUGGAGUUUAUCUGGGAGGGGUACCUGGGUAGACGCCAGCGUAAAAUAUAUAUGAGUCAUACCACGGUUCCAGAUGAACUUAAAGGAAUUCUAGAUGACGAAACCUUUAAUAAAGCUCGACUCUACGCUCUGGAUAAAUCGUUUUUUGGUUCUGUGGAAGGGUUGUUCAGUCACACGUUGUCAACCUGUAUGCUCUGGUUCUCUGGGUACAGAAUAUUCUGGGACAUGGCGCAGAACACCCUGGACUAUCUAGAGUUUGAGGGAAAAAACGAAAUCUUGAAUUCUAUUCUCUUUAGCACCUACCUUAGCAUUUUCAGCCUUGUCACAGGGUUACCAUUCAGUAUCUACAGCACGUUUGUUAUUGAAGAGAAACAUGGAUUCAACAAACAAACUGGAGGAUUCUAUGUUAAAGAUCAGAUCAAGAAAUUCUUUGUAAGUCAAUUUAUCCAAGCUCCAAUUCUUGCAGGAAUAAUCAAGAUUGUGUACUGGGGUGGUGACCACUUCUACCUAUAUCUCUGGUCCUUUUCUAUGUUUAUGCUCCUCUUCUUGAUGACCGUUUACCCGGACUAUAUUGCCCCUCUCUUCGAUAAAUAUACACCUAUGCCCGAAGGAGAGCUCCGAACUGGUAUUGAGCAGUUGGCUGCUAGUGUAGAGUUCCCUCUCUAUAAGCUCUACGUUGUCGAGGGAUCUAAACGAUCCUCGCAUAGUAAUGCAUACUUCUAUGGAUUCUACAAGUUUAAGCGAAUUGUUCUAUUUGACACUCUGCUGGAACUACAGGAACGGAACAAGCUAAGAACUGAGGAAACAAAGGAACAGGAAAAGGAGGAGGAUCAAAAGUCUGCUAAAAUGGGUUGCAACAACUCCGAGAUCCUGGCUGUACUUGGUCACGAGCUGGGACAUUGGAAGCUGAAUCAUGUUCUCAAGAACCUUGUCAUUGGACAGGUUCAGUUGUUUCUUAUGUUCCUCCUGUUUGCGCUAAUGUCCAAAUAUAAACCGUUGUACGCGGCAUUCGGUUUCUCCGACAUACAGCCUGUACUUAUUGGAUUGAUGGUGGUUCUACAGUUUAUCUUGGCUCCUUAUUCCUCCGUAGUAAACUUCCUCAUGACAAUGCUUAGCAGGAAAUUUGAGUUCCAGGCGGAUGAGUUUGCUGCUGGUCUGGGUAGAGCUGCCCCUCUUCAAACUGCUCUGAUUAAGCUGAACAAUGACAACCUCAGUUUCCCAAUCUAUGAUUGGUUGUACUCGGCUUGGAACCAUUCUCAUCCACCGCUACUGGAGAGGAUCGCAGCUCUCAAGAAAUAUCAAUAGUUAGAUUGAAAAUCGUUUUGCCAAAUUUAACGAUCCUUGGCGAUCAAUGGAGUGAUUUGAAAAACGAGCUUCUUAUAUUUCAAAAUCAGAAAAUUCGAGAUACGACUAAGUUCAAACAAGUAUCAAGUGUUGAUGUCAUGAAAAUUAGAGGAUUUUUGACCAAGUUUUAUAUUUUUUUGGCGUCCGUUUUAAACCCGGUUAUAGGUGUGUUCUUCAUGUUCUGUGAUUAUGAUUUCUAAACUUUUUAUAUUAAUUGCCCUUCAUAGUUUUCCCUUGUUUCAGA